AUCCCGAGCAGCAGCAGCAGACAGCAGAGGAGUUUGUUCGAACAUCUUCGACUUCUCAAACCAAAAACAGUUCGGCUGCUCUGCCCGCAGACAUGCCGCGGAUCGGCCGCCGUUUGGGGGCUUUUCGUUGGAUUUAGCGCCUGAACUCCCCGGAGAAGAAGAUGAUUACAUGUGAAGGGAGCAGCGCGGGAGAAAGUGUGCCUUGUUCGGAGCAGAACGGCUCGAACGCCGCGACAUAAAACAUCAAACUCGGAUCCAUCAAGGCCAGCAGCAGCCUGUAGCACUGCUCAGCUAGUCGGCUAAUGUUAGCCUGCUAGCGUUACAGGUGUUAAGGCAGCAAAUAACCAAACAUCACUUGUAGCUGUAGUUAGCUGUCAGUUAGCUGAGCUAGCAUGUUGUGACUUAAUACAUAACUUAAUGUGCCUGUUAAAAGAUUUAAAGCAAAUGCCAAGUAGCAAGUAUAACACUUAGCAACAUUGUUAUUAGCCGUUAGCUCUGUAGUUAGCCGCUGUCCCGUGUUUACAGCAGCAGAGCUAGCCUCAGUUAGCCUCCAAGCUAACGAACUUCAGAGCUACAUGUGCUUGUUUUCGUUUGGAGAUAACGACUCAUCACCGGACUCCUGCUGUGCUUUCCUGACACUUUUAAUAUUAACACGUAAGACGGGUUGACUUUUCCCACCGUGCCUGUCUGGACCGGACUGACCCGCCCACAGGGACUCUCUACCCGGGGCCGAUGCUGACAGUCCAGCCCGGAGGAGCCGCUCCAGCAUGCAGCCUCAGCAGAUCUACGACUUCUCCAGUGAAGAGAACAGCCACAAAUGGAGAGGCCUGUUCGUGCAAGCUUUACGGAAGGUGCAGAAGCAGGUCCACCCUAACCUCCUGGCUAAGGAGGACGCCCUGCAGCACAUCGAGGAGUUGAUCCUGCAGCUGCUCAACAUGCUGUGUGUGGCCCAGCCUCGCUCCGUGCAGGACGUGGAGGAACGCGUCCAGAAAACCUUCCCACACCCGAUAGAUAAGUGGGCAAUCGCCGACGCUCAGUCAGCCAUCGAGAAACGCAAGAGGAGAAACCCCUUACUGCUCCCCGUGGACAAGAUCCACCCCCUGCUCAAGGAAGUGUUGGGCUACAAAGUGGACUACCACGUCUCGCUGUACAUCGUGGCGGUGCUCGAGUACAUAUCAGCCGACAUUCUCAAACUGGCGGGAAACUACGUGGGCAACAUCCGUCACUAUGAGAUCAGCCAGCAGGACAUCAAGGUGUCCAUGUGCGCUGACAAGGUGCUCAUGGACAUGUUCGACCAGGAGGAGGAUAUCGGUCUGAUGUCUCAGUGCACGGACGAGCCGUCCUCCUCCGGCGAGCUCACGUACGACGACCUGGUGAGGCUGGAGAUCGCCGAGGAGCGCCAGUACCUGCGAGAGCUCGACCUCAUCAUCAAAGUGUUUCGCCAUCACUUCCUGUCCAACACCAAGAUCUUCACGCCUCAGGACGUGGAGGUGAUCUUCAGUAACAUCCUGGACAUCCACGAGCUGACGGUGAAGCUGCUCGGGCUGAUCGAGGAUGCCGUGGAGAUGACAGCGGAUGGCAGCCCUCAUCCUCUGGUGGGCAGCUGCUUCGAGGAUCUCGCAGAGGAGCAGGCGUUCGACCCCUAUGAGACUCUGUCCCAGGACAUCCUCAGUAAAGAUUUCCACAAGCACUUCAACAACCUGAUGGCCCGACCGACCGCUGGCCUCUACUUCCAGUCGGUGGCUGAAGGCUUCAAAGAAGCCGUCCAGUACGUCCUCCCACAGCUCAUGAUGGUCCCAGUUUACCACUGUAUGCACUACUUCGAGCUCCUGCAGCAGCUUCAGGAGCGCAGUGACGACCAGGACGACCGUGAGUGUCUGAAGCAGGCGAUCACGGCGUUGUUAAACCUUCAAUGUAGCGUGGAGCGAAUCUAUGCCAAGCAGCCUCGCCGUAAACCCGGCGAGCCCAUGUACCGCCUCUACAGCAGACAGGUUCGGAGCAAACAGCUCGCCAUCAAACGCAUGAACGAGAUCCAGAAGAGCAUCGACGGCUGGGAGGGGAAAGACAUCGGGCAGUGCUGCAGCGAGUUCAUCCUGGAGGGGCCGCUGCUACGAGCCGGCGCCAAACACGAGAGACACAACUUCCUGUUUGACGGCCUGAUGAUCAGCUGUAAGGCCAAUCAGAGUUCGCGGCUCCCCGGGUCGGGAAGCGGCGCCGAGUACCGUCUGAAGGAGAAGUUUGUGCUGAGGAAGAUCCGCAUCGUGGACCGCGAGGACUCGGCGGAGCUGCGGCACCCGUUCGAGCUGAUCGGGAAAGACGAGAACUGCGCCGUGUUCUCCGCACGUACCGCGGAUGAGAAGGCGGCGUGGAUGGCGGCGCUCGUCACUCUGCAGUACCGCUCCACUUUGGACCGUAUGUUGGACACAGUGCUGCAGCACGAGGAGCGGGCGCACCCUCUCAGGCUGCCCUCGCCCGACGUUUACCGCUUCGCCGUGCAGGACUCUGAAGAGAACAUCGUGUUGGAGGACAAAGUGCAGAGCAAGACGGGAAUCCCGCUGAUCAAGGCGGGAACCGUCGUCAAACUGAUCGAGAGGCUCACCUACCACAUGUAUGCAGAUCCAAACUUCGUCCGUACCUUUCUCACCACGUAUCGAUCCUUCUGCAAACCUCAGGAGCUCCUCGCGCUGCUCAUCGACAGGAUCGAGAUCCCAGAGCCUGAACCCACGGAGGAGGACCGCCAGGCGCUCUGGAACGGAGACCAGCCGAUGGCGGCCGAGCUGCAGAGGUUCAGGAAGGAGUACGUGCAGCCGGUCCAGCUCAGAGUUCUCAACGUUUUCCGUCAGUGGGUGGAGCAUCAUUUCUACGACUUUGAGAACGAUCCAGAACUGAGGAGUCGAUUAGAGGAAUACAUCAGCAGCAAGAUCCAGCUGAGAG